AUGAAUAGCGACAGUGAGCCAGUCCACGUGCGACAGUAGCUGUACUGGGCUAACCGAGGGCGUAGGAUCCCAUCCUCUGCUCCAGCAGACACCACUCAGCGUGAACCCCUUCAUCGACCUGCCCAAGGCUCCGACACUGCCGCAUAAUUAUGCUUCAUUGCCGUCGACAUUACCUCAGUCAAUACUGAGCUCACCGCCUGCCCCGUCUAAUCCUGACCUGCCUGGCUACGUGACCUCAUCUUCGGGCUUCGCAGCGCAUCCCCGCUCCAUCGUGGCUCAGAACAAGUCGCUAUCAGAACAGAUCGAGAAGCAGCGGAAAGGCGCGGAGCAGCAGUGUAGAGAGUGGGAGCAGGGUAUCAAAGACAGAGAACUGGCAGAGAAGCGGAGGAAGGCACCGGGGUGGCUCGACACAGAAGACAGAAUAUUGCAGCCUGAAAAAUCCCAGGCAGAGAUGGGAGAGGCUAGCGGUAGUAAGAACUUGAUGGACGAGCCUGCGUCCAGGGCAGAGGCGGAUAGCAUCCCGCGACAGGGCAAAGACGUGGACGACCUGGGUGCUGCCAUGGACCGGGCCUUUGGAAGAAGCGAGAUGGGUUAA